GCUCUCUGAUUGGCUGAGAGUUUCCCCCUUCUCUCUGAUUGGCUGAAAGUAGUGUACACUUGUUUACUGUAUAAAAACAGGCACUGAGGCAUUUUCCCUUCUCCAAACCUACAGCACAGGAUGAAGCUCACACACCGGAUUAUCAUCAUCACCAUCAUCAUCACUGCUUCUGCAAAACUCUUCAUCUGAACCAUCCGGCUCACCUAAACUCAAGAUUUCACCAACAACAACAAAAUAUUAUUUUCAUUUACGCAGCACUUUUUAUUUUAUUAUUGUUUUUGAAAGAAUUCUUUGUACAAAAUUAAGUAAAGUUUAAUUUAAACUUUUCUUGUUUGAGUUUUAUUUUUUUUUAUCCAAAGAAAAGAGAAGUACUUUUUUUUUUUUUACCUUAUUGUUAUAUAUACUUUAAAUUUUUUUAAUUGGUUUAUUUUUUUGUUAAUUAAAUAAUUACUAACGGACGGUAUUAUUUUAUCUAUUUGUUGUUUUAUAUUUUGUUGUUUGAUUUGAUUAUUUUUGAUGCAGAACUGAGUCAGAUUUUUAUUAUAUAUAUAUUUUUAUUAUUAUCUAACUUUAUUCCCACACACUAAUAACGAGUGGUGAUGGCGAGCGCAUGCCUGCAGCUGAGCGGUUUUUUCCUGAGUGUUUUGGGGUGGAUCUGUGUGAUCAUCUCCACCUCCACCAGUGACUGGGUGAUCCUCUGUAAAUACAGCAUGAACACGUGCAGGAAGAUGGACGAGCUCCAGACUAAAGGCCUGUGGGAGCAGUGUGUGAUUUCCACCGCACUUUACCACUGUUACUCCCUCAACCAGAUCCUCGAGCUGCCUGUGUACAUCCAGACAUGCCGUGCAUUGAUGAUCUCCGCAUGUAUCCUUGGUUUACCUGCCGCAGCACUCCUGCUCUCCUCUAUGCCGUGCAUCCAUCUUGGAGAUGAUUCGGUGAACGACAAGAACAAACGCUCAGUCAUCGGAGGAAUCCUGAUGCUCAUAGUGGCCAUGUUCAGUCUGGUGUCCACCGUCUGGUUCCCAGUUGGAGCUCAUCAGGAACUCAGGUUGAUGUCAUUUGGGUUUUCUCUGUACUCCGGCUGGGUGGGCGGGGCUUUGUCUCUCCUGGGGGGCUGCAUCCUCACCUGCUGCUCCACUGACUCCACUCCCUCAUACCAUCAAAAUAACCGUUACUCUUACUACUCCAAACAGAACCCGCCCACCAACCAGACUCCGCCCACCGGCAACCACGCCAAGACUGCACAAGUCUGAUGUUUCUACGGUGCUACCCACUGUUUCUCUCUCUCUCUCCCUCGCUCUCUCUCUCUCUCUCUCUCUUUCAAUUGUAAAUAGAUUUUUGUGUUCAGUUUUUGAUGAUGUAAGCUAAUUAUAUCCAACAUUAACAUCCAGUUUUGUUAAACACAGACUUAUACUAAAGAGAGGUUUUUUUUAAAAUGUUCUUUUUGUUGUUAAUUUGAUUUUUUUUAUACGUAAAAUGUUAUUUGUAUAUUCAUUUUAAUAUUUGUAAACUUUUUUCUUUACAUCCACUAGGUCUCUGUCCCUUUAUUCACUCUUUCUGGAUAAUUAUUUAAACGGUUAAUGUUCAGCUUUGCUGAUUUUCAUGCUUCAUCAAAAAAAACCAUAAUGAACUGUAAAAAUGAACAAUCAGGGUUGCCAGGUCUAUGUAUCAAAUCCAGCCCAAAAAAAACAUUACUACUAAAAACCAGUCUAAUUCCAGUCUAAAUACAGAAGUCUUAACCUGGAGUUUGUCAACAAAAAUUGAAGCGCUAUCUCCUUAUUUCACAUCAAUAACAUCUUAUUUUCAAUUAUUGUCUCGUUAUUUAUAACUGGUUAUUAUUUUUGACUUACUAACGCAUUCUUUUGUGUUUUUAGUUCGUUAUUUCAGCUUAUUAGCCUGCUAUUCACCGAUAUUGCCUUCUUAUUUGAAACGUAUUGUUCUGACACCUAAUACUUCAACUGUCUUGAAAUCUAUACUCAUGUAAUAUAAUGGCGUAGUAAAUCUGAGCGUGUUCACGUGAAUUAACACUCAUUACACGUAGAUUUGUAUCAGCUGAAUCCCACGAAUGGCGUACGGAAUAAGGAUUAUUAAAAUCUUAUAAAAAUUUAGAAAUGAAGCUGAAUAGUAACGAGUUAUUAAGUCAAAAGUAUUAUUUGAACUUGAAAUAAUAAGAUAUGUUGGAAUUAGAUAUUAAUUGGAAAUAAUAAUUAUUAAAGUGAAAACUAUUAUUAUUAUUAUUAAAUUGAAAUAAUAAUAAAGCGCAUCACUCCCCCCCCCCCACGCUUAGGCUUUUCAGGGCUUACGUAUGUUUAUUAACUUAUUAAAUUUAUUGUAAUAUUUACACAGUGGCAUUUAUGUGGCUUGCGAAAUUCUAAUGCAAGUAAAUAAUCUCAUUAAAUAAAAAUGUCCAACCCGUAGUCUGUGGAUAAAAAAAUAAAUAAAAACAAACCUGGUAACCCUGCUAACAGUUCUGCUCAUAAUUGUAAAAGUUUUUUUCUUUGUGUUUUAAACUUUUUGAUAGAAAACAAAGCCGAACUGUAACUUAAACUUCCACCGGGCUUGGUUAUUUAUUACGAAACACUUGUAUGUUCUUUUGUUAUUUUAUU